UCUCCGGAAAGUCGACUAAAUUUGCUCCCUGUGGACAGCAAGCCCCCAGCAACGGCUGCGAGCCAUGGGCGAAGACUAUUACCGCGUUCUCGAGGUUGGUCGCGACGCCUCGCAAGAAGAAAUACGACGCGCCUACCGGCGGCUGGCACUCAAACUGCACCCGGACAAGAACCCCCAAGGAAAGGAGGCGGCCGAGGCGCGCUUCAAGGCGGUCUCCGAGGCGUACGAAGUGCUCUCGGACCGAACGAAGCGGCGCCAGUACAACCAGUUCGGCAGCAGCGCCUUCAACGCUCAGCCGCAGACCGACUCGCCCGGCAGCAACUUGAGCGGCGGCGCGUACGCGUUCACUUUCCGCGAACCGGAAGAGGUGUUCAGGGAGUUCUUUGGCGCGGCCAGCGGUCCGUUCCAGGACCUGGUCGGCCGGCCCGGCCAACCGGGUAGGGCCAAGAAGGCGCGCGGCACCACCGUCCUGACCGGCGGCCUGCCUUUCUGGCCGCAGAGCUUCGGACCCACCGAGCACUCGGGAUUUCUGUACCACGUGGACGACGUGCUCUUCGCCACGCACGUGCCGGGCGGCAUGAGCGUGGCGCCGGGCUUCGCGGGCAUGCCGACGCAGGAAAUGUCCUCCGCCUGGUACGAGGGCGGCAAGCGCAUCGAGACGCGUACCACCAUCGAUGAAAGCGUGAAGACGGUGCUGCGCUUCGAGGAUGGCGUGCCGGUGUCGCGCGCUGUCAACGGUCUCGUGCAGGCAGUCAUCGAGAACAACGAGGUCGUUCAAGGUGGUGCGCUCGCUCAGCGAAAGCCUAGCGACAUCGCAGCCGCGCCGCCGGGCCCCGGAGGUGCUCCGGUGCUCGGCAAGCGCGCCUCGCAGGCCAAGAUCGCACGGACGGCGCCGCCCGCCAGAGCCGGUAGUCCGCGCCAGAGCGAUGCCAAACCGGGGCUCAAGUCCGCUUCUGUUCGCGUCCCGAGCAAAAUAGGGAAAAGCCGCGCUCGCUCCAAGUCCACAGGUGGGCCCAAGGACGCCUUCAAGAGCUCCAAGCCCGCCAAGAAGGAAUCCGCCGAUGGUGCGGCUGGCCCGUCGGCACCUGCCGCACCGCCGAAAGGAAAGGCGCCCAAGUAGCCAUCACAUUGACCCCGUGAGAUUGUAAGGCGUACCCAGGAAUAACGCCGCUGGCGUUCUUACGGACGUGUGAGAUCGAAGGUUCCCAUCAUGCGCCUUUAGUUCAGUUGCGACGUGUAUAGUGUAGCGCCGCAGUGAAGCUUUGGAUACAUUUACUCCCGUUUGAAAACGUGCUCAUCGAAUAGCUAUAUGUUAAUUAGCUAUUGUUUCAGAGUAUGUAAUGUUGGUACGCGACCGAUAAUAGAAUAAAACCUCAA